AUGGCUGGCAGCAGUGCUCGGGACACGAAGUCGGAUGGCUCCGACACCGGGGUUCCGUCCUUGGAAGAGACCACACAGCAGUGUGAUUCCGAGGACCACUGUUGGGCACAUGGGCGGUAUCCCAAGCGCUGGUUUGUGACUGGACUCAUUGGUGUGCCGCAGGGAUCAACGGAGACAGGCAAGGAACCUGGCCUUCUUCAACAUCCCUUGGCCAUCUUCUGUGCCACCACGGCACAGGGAACCUACGAGGAUCGUGGUUGGCGCGACCGUGGAGAUUCCUACCGUGGAUACUGGCAGGGAGCCUACCGUACGCGGGAGAAGGAGAAGGAACGCAAUUCUCCCCAAGCCAAGGGCAAGGGGAAGGCAUUCCCUACCUACGAUGUGGAUUGGCACGACGCUGCUGGGAUUUCGGUGAUGGCGGAGCGGCGCCACCCAGAGCCCUCUACGAAAAGUGCCUUCUCCAAGGUAGUUCAGGACGCGGUCAACCUACUGAGGAAAGCCGAGACAAGGAUCUCCAAACUUCACUCGGAGCUGCAAGAGAAGUCUCGCCGAUGGGAGGCAUACCAGGUCGAACUCAAGCAGUCGUUUGUGAAAGAGUACCAGAAACACUUGGGGGCCCUGGACAAGCUAGAGCAGGACAUUGCCGAUGCGUCUGCCCAGGAGAUCAGCGCCAAGGAGGUGCUGGCACGUGCAAUGGAGGGCGUGAAGCCCCCCACUACGCAAACCCAGGCGACACAGGCUUGGGACUCUAUGAUGCGCAGCCUUCAAGGACCGGCCGACAUGGACGUGGAUGCGGACACCUUGGGAUUGAGGCUGGAUGCACUCUUGAGUGGUGCCAGGUUGCCGGACAUGGGACAUCAGGAGAAGCCUCUGGCAGAGCCAGGGCCCGCCGAGCCAGUGGGGGCGGCCUUCGGUCCUGUCCGGAGUUCCUAUGUGGGCUCCUCGCCGAGUGCUGCAAGAGCCGAUCCCUACCUGGCUACAAGUCCGGCUGCCACUCUUCGGGCCAAGUCUCCACCACGGGAGACCCCGAAAGCUGCGCCUGGUCCAAGGAUCGCAAGCCCGGUGUUGCCUAUGGAUGCAGCGGCUGUGGAGGCCGUGAGGGCAUUGAAGGAAAGUGUGGGUCUUCCGACCCGACCGCAAGCCACCGGCCCGGCAUCUCCGAGAGCUUCCAAUCUGGCCGACAAGCUUCAGCAGGCGAGGCGCAGUGCGAUGGCCCCAUUUGGCUUGGCCCCUGCGAUGGAGGGUGCAGGUCGUGCUGGCACUGGCCCGCCACGUGCAGGACCCACUGCCACCGAGGCCGGCCGGCCCCCAGAACCUCACGGACGGACUCCUACGAUCGACCUGGAUCUCGACGAGGAGCUGGACUCUGCAUCCCCCGGCUUGGGCCGGAUGGAGUGA